GUAAGAGAGUUUGGUUUCUGCUCAGAGGAAGAGAAACUCAUAAAUCCAGCUGCCGUAGGGGGAAAUGGAUCAGAGAGGCUUUCAAAUAGACCAAAAAACUUUGUGCUGUUCGAUCUGUUUGGAUCUACUCAAGGAUCCGGUCACUAUUCCCUGUGGCCAUAGCUACUGCAUGGCCUGUAUUACAAACUACUGGAAUGGAGAGGACAGGCAACAGAUAAUCAGAUGCCCUCAGUGCAGAGAAACUUUCAGACCAAGGCCUGUUCUGGUGAAAAAUACAAUGUUGUCUGUUUUAGUGGAAGAGCUGAACAAGACCCGAGUUGAAUCUGCAACUGCUGCUGCUCCAGAUGAUCAGUUUUAUGCUGGACCUGAAGAUGUGGCCUGUGAUGUUUGCACUGGGAGAAAACUGAAAGCUGAAAAGUCCUGCCUGGAAUGUAAGGCGUCUUACUGCCACAGACACCUUCAGCCUCAUUAUGAUGCAGAUUCAUUAAGGAAACAUACGCUGGUCGAACCCUCAGAGGAGCUCCAGGAGAGAAUCUGCCCCCACCAUGGUGAGGUGAUGAAAAUGUUUUGUCACACUGAUCAGCAGUGUAUGUGUUACCUUUGUUGUGUCAAUGAACAUAGAGGCCAUGAUACAGUUUCAGCUGCAGCAGAAAGGACUGAGAGGCAGAAAGAGCUGGAGGUGAGACGACAGAAAAUCCAGGAGAGAAUCCAAGACAAAGAGAAGGAGGUGAUGGUGCUUCAACAAGAGGCAGAGGCGAUCAGCCAGUCUGUUGAUCAAGCGGUGAAGAAAAGUGAGAAGAUCUUCACCGAACUGAUUCGUCUCAUGCAGGAAAGAAUGUCUGGUGUGAAGCAGCAGAUCAGAUCCCACCAGGAAACUGAUCUGAGUCGAAUCAACGACUUUCAAGAGAAGCUAGAACAGGAGAUCGCUGAGCUUAAGAGGAAGGAUACUGAGCUGGAGAAACUCUCAGUGCAUCAGGAUGACACCCACUUUCUCCAAAAUUAUCCGCAUUUACAAAAACUCUGUGAACCCUCAGAGGUGCUUAGCAUUAAAAUCCAUUCUCUGUGGUAUAUUGAUGAGAUUUUAGAGACAGUAUCAGCGGUUGGAGAUAGACUACAGCAUAUUCUGAGUGAGGAAUGGAAAAAAACCACACCAGCAGUCAAUCAGAUGGAUGUUUUAUUGUCAGAGUCACAUUCUGGGCCAAAAACCAGAGCUGAAUUCUUAGAAUACUCUUGUGAAAUUACUUUGGAUCCAAAUACAGCAAACACACGACUGGCACUAUCGGAGGGGAACAGGAGGGUAAAAUUAAUGAGAGAACAACAGGAUUAUUCUCAUCAUCCGGAAAGAUUUAGCGACUGGACUCAAGUUCUGAGCAGAGAGACUCUAACUGGUCGCUGCUACUGGGAGGUGAAGUGGAGUGGAUGGGGAUUCUACGUAGCAGUGUCUUAUAGGAAUAUUAGAAGAGAAGGAUCCUCCGAUGAAUGUAGAUUUGGACUCAGUAACAAGUCUUGGGCCUUGCAUUGUAACAAAUCCAACUAUGAAUUCUGGUGCAAUAAUGUCAGCAUUCCUGGCUCGGAUCCUCCUUCCUCCAGAAUAGGAGUGUACCUGGAUCACAGAGCUGGAAUUUUGUCCUUCUACAGCGUAUCUGAAACAAUGAGUCUUCUACACAGAAUCCAGACAACAUUCACUCAGCCUCUGUAUGCUGGAUUUUGGCUUUAUUCUGUUGGAGACUUUGCUGAGCUCUGUGACCUCAAACAAAUUGAAGCCGUUUAGAGACCUGGAUAAAUUAUUCUGACAUGCACUGCAUAGUUAUACAGAUUUGCAGUAGAUACUUGUGAGGGUAAAAUGCAUUUGAUGUCAAGCAUGCCUGGUUUGCAUGUGUAUUAUCACAUCCAAGGACAGUUUGUAAAUGGAAUUUCCUUCUAGCAGUGCAUGUGUG